GAGGACUGAGUACAAUAAUACGGGUGUUAGUUUCCACUGCAAACUGCAAUAUGCGUUUUUACAUGUGAAUUGUAAUUUUUGCAGUUUCACGAAUAGUUCUAAUAGAUGUGAUGCAACAAUGUAGAAUAUAAACAUCACAUGUUACAUUUUCGAAGAUACAUAUCUAAUAUAGAGUGAAAAAUAAAAUGGCACUCACCAAAGUCUUCUUGCCAUUUUCACCUAUUAAGGAUGAAGUCUUCUUCAGAGGAUAUCUAAAUAAAACGCAAGAAAAUACGCUUAUAUACAUAACUGAGUAUUCAAAUAUACGGGCAGAUAUUGAAAGCAAAUUUAAAAUAAGCGACGAUACUGUCAUUGGUUAUUGCAGCAGUGAACCCAUUCUAAAUUAUGUAGACAAUGAACCUAAAAACAUGAUUCUAAUUAAUCGUUGUGAUAAACCAAAAAUAAGCGAAUUAAUAAUAGACCAUAAAAAGGUGGUAGAUUGCAAAGUUAUAACAGUAAUCUAUGAUAUAAAUAAAUUGCUCAAUUCAGAGACACUGAAUAUUUCCUGUGAUGAAUUAUUGACGUUGAGAGAACAUUUAAAAAAAGAUUCUAAUGUGCCACAAACAACAUCCAAGUAUAAUCCAUAUCUAUACACUCCGUCUAUACUCUCUUCUUCCAUGUUCAUCCAACAUUGCUACAAUCAAUUGAACUUAUUGUUAUGGCUAAAGCAUAGUAUCCAAAGAGGAGAAAAAAUAUCCAUAAAACAAGGAAAUUGGAUUCUAGCGCUCAUUGUUGAUAUAAUUUUAGGCUAUUUUGUCUUAGAAAUACUGUUGUUUGAUAGAAAUGAAAUUGGAGUAUUAUUACUAGGGAUUUUGGAGAAAUUGGUAAACUCUAUGUAUUCACUCCUUAAAUGGCUUAUGGGAGCACCUGCAGGGUUAAAAUUAAAUAAUGCAUUCAACAAAAUGUUGGGUAAAUACUUCUCUUAUCAUGUGGAGUUAUGGUGGCUAUUCCUAGAUGUUUCAGGCGAGAGAUUAGACUUCAUACUGCAUAUCUAUCAAUAUUUGGGCUAUUUUGGACUUACCUUCCAAGCUGCCAUCAUUUCUGAUAUGUUGUGCAUCACUACCUUCCACUCAUAUUGCAUUUAUGUGUAUGCUGCUAGAUUAUUCAACAUACAAAUAUCUGGUUUAAUAGCUUUGUUAAGAUUAUUUGUGGGUAGGAAAUACAACCCACUGAGAGGUACCAUUGACUCCUGUGAAUAUACAAAUCAAGAAUUGUUUGUGGGAACUGUUGCAUUUACUAUAUUAUUGCUUCUGCUGCCGACAACGCUAAUGUAUUAUAUUGUUUUUACUAUGUUUCGGGUCUUUUCAUUAUUUGUGCAGUACUUGUUAGCAAAACUAAUACAUCUGAUGCAAACUUUGCCUUUGUAUGUAAUUACGCUAUGGAUAACACGAUCGCCAAAGUUAGCAGGAAACAUUUUUAUUGAAGAGCAAAAUGGCUAUGUAAGGUAUCAUUUAAUACUCAACAUGAGGCUAUUCAAUAAACCUUUGAAGGAGCUAAUGAAAACUUUUAAGCCGCCUAUCUCAAUGCCAAAGAGUAUGGAUUGGAGACAUAUUGUUUCCAGUGUAUUUACGGGAAAGCAAAUAAUAUAAGAAUCAAUUAAUUAAUCUCAAUAGUUAAGACUUUCAAUCUUGUGUACCUACUGAGGUUUAGUAUAACAUGAUAAAUAUUUGUUGUCUCUAUUCCUUCAUCAAUACUUAUAAUUUUUUCCGACUGCAACCGAAGGAGUAUACACAACCGUAUACGCAAUUUUACGCUUGUAAAUAUGUAUAUUCAUUUCUUUGGCACCCCCUACAGUCCAAAUUGACUGAACUGUUUCUUAUUCUAGCAAUACCAAAUGAAUACAGUCAGAUUUUGUGUAUUAAUGAUAAUAUUAGUUUUACAAUAGUAGAUAUAAAGUAAUAUGUAAAUGAUUGUAAAUAAAAAACAUUUUCUUU